AUGGGUCGUGGCAAACCCGUGUGUGAAGAGCUUCGAAAACAGAUAGUUUGUGGGGUCGAUGUUGGCAAACCAAGUUACCAAAUAUCUAAAGACUUGAUAAUUCCCAGGUCUAUAGUCCAAUCUAUCAUUCAGCACUAUAAAAAGAAUAGAACGACUUCUUGUUUGAAGAAAACUGGUCGACCACGCAUCACAAGUGCAGCAGAAAACAGAGUCCUGAAGAAAAUUAUCAAAAAUAAUCGUCGUGCUCGAGCUGGAGAACUCACGGUGCAAUGGAAGGACAUGAUUCACAAAGACGUCUCGGUUGAUACUUGCAAAAGAGACCUAAAAAGAAUGGGUUACGGAUUUUACGCCGCUAAGGAGAAACCACUGUUGACUGCUGUAUAA